AUGGCCGAUUGGUUUGAGUGGGCUAUUGAUUUCGAAGGACAAAAACGAGCAGAAUACUUGUACCAAUCAAUAAUUUUAGCUUUUGCGCUUAUUGGCUUCGUAGUAGGUUUUCAAUUGCAAUCACUACUAUUAUCGUUCCAAAUUUUCGCGGGAGGAGUUGCGUUGUCUGCUUUGUUGGUAUUACCUCCUUGGUCUUUCUACAAUUCACAUCCUGUACAAUGGUUAGAAGAAAAAAAAAAUACCACCGAGAUUCUAAACGAAAAAUUGACGUAG